UUAUUACGUUAUCAUUCAUAAUUAAUAGAAGCAUCGCGUGCAGUGUCUCUCAUCGAUCGAUGGAAAUGCCAACGAAUUAGAUAGAGAAUGAUUAUAACACGAAUCUUUUUCUGUAUUACAAACAUUUACUUUAAUAUCCAUUCGCGUGGAUUUGAUCGAAAGAAAGAGUCACCCGCGAACGAAAAGGCAUGCCGAAAAUACCGAAAAAUAUAUCGGAGAAGACACAGGAGAAAAAUAAUUAUUUCUACGAGAAUGAGAUAUUACCGGACUUCCAAGCUCGUUGGGGAGCUACGUUGAAACAAAGGAAAUCCGUAUUCGAACAUUAUCCAAAUCAUAUCGGCAUGCCAAUCAUCAGUGCGAAAUCGAACGCAGGAAAAUAUUUUGUAGAAUUCGCGAGUUCUUCGUCUGUACACGGCUUAAAUCAUCUGGUAGCACCAAAUAGACACCCCGUUGAGACAUUUCUCGCCGCCUUCUGCAUUCUUGGAGCUCUAUUGUGCCUGAUCUUCCUGUCGUUUCUACUCUGGGGUCGUUACCAGAAUAACGCCACAGUUAUCGUGGUAGAUACUGAUCGAGACCAAUUUGUAACAUUGAAACCAGCGCUGUUUAUUUGCCCGGUACCAAGCGUGGAGCUAAAGAAGAUUCCACAUGUAUUCAAGAAACACGGUAUUAAACACACAUCAGAGGCAGAACAGUUCUUCGUCUUUCUUGGCAACGUCACUUAUGAAAAUAUGAUGAAUACACCUAUCUUCGACCAAGUUCCAGCGAACAAGUGGCUAGAGAUACUUUACGACUUGAAGAAAGAUAUUUCUCCGAAUAUUCUGAAAGAGAACGACCCUUAUGAAACGUGGGUAAUGACAGAAAGAGGCGCGUGCUUAACAACUAGGAGCGUCUUCGCAACCUAUGCUACUUUAAACUACUGGAAGAAUGACAACUGGACCAUUAUUCCUAUACCAGACAAAUUACCAUUGUACGAUUACAACAUCGACGGCAUACAAGAAAAUUUCGCCGUGGAGCAUAUGGCUUUGAUCGCCGCAUGCGAUCCUUUUGAGCUGAUAAUAUACGACACUCCAAUGAGAUGGGUAAAACCAAGGAUGCUGCAACGUGCCAUCAUGUCGAUAACUCAGAUUAAUAUGAACCCAAACGUUAAAGAGCUUCGUGCUCAUCAAAGAAAUUGCAAAGAUUUCCACGAUGCUGGUUUAAAAACAUGGCCAGUGUAUACGAGAAAUAUGUGCAUCACCGAAUGUAGGAUGAAAGUGAUACAGGACAAAUGCAAUUGUCGUCCGCAUUUUGCCAGGCCCAUUGAGGGUGUAGACACUUGCAAUUCCACGCAACUUCGAUGUAUCGGAAAAGCGACGCAGAGCCUUUUUCUGUUCCAAUAUCCACCCCGUUCUUGCGAAUGCGCCCCAAAAUGCAAUGUCUUUACCUAUCAAAUCAGAGAUAGUGAAAACACCGAACUAAACGAUACACCGAUAAAUAUGUCUGUUAUGACUUUAAUCGUCGAGCUUCCGCAAAUUAUCUACCAUCGAGCAUUGUUGUACGGGUUUCACGAUUUUCUAACUGGUGUUGGAGGUGCGGCGGGAUUGUUUCUGGGAGUCAGUGUACUAUCCUUCGUUGAAAUACUCUAUUAUAGCACCAUACAUUUGUACUUCUACGUGAAACGAAUGAAACAGAGACGCAAGAAAAUGGCAAUCAGUAUAUCUAACUAAGAACAUCUCCUUUAUUUUCGAAGGAAGGAGAAUUCGAGAUGCACAAACGCGAAGUAUUUAAAAAAUAUCGUUUAUUGUAAACAUUGUUACCUCUUUCCGACAGGACAGAUGUAAAAUAAAUAUCAUUACAUACACAUACAACUGUACACGCAACGAGUCGAGGUCGUGCAAUGAUUGUACAUUAAUUUACAAAGAGACUCAAGAGCAGAAUUACGAUGAAUACUUCUCAUUUUGAUUUAACUUUCCCAUAUCGACACAAUCGAUGAUAAGACUAGCUA